CCCGCUCCCUCUUCUCCAGCUCCCUGUAGCGCGGGUUCCGCUCCGCCCCCGGAGCCCCGCCCCCGACGCCCGGCGCUCCGCCCCGCCCCCGCCCGGCUCCCUGCCCCGCCCCGCCCGCCGUCCCCCGCUUGCCUUCCAGCGCCGCUUGCGCUCCGGAGCGCUGGCUCUGCUGGCGCUAAGAAAUGGACCAAUUUUGACAAGAUAUAGUACUGCAGUGUGCCUGAUGGGAUAUAUUCAGUCAUGGCGUCCGAACUUUGUAAGACGAUCUCUGUGGCAAGGCUGGAAAAGCACAAGAAUUUGUUCUUAAAUUAUAGGAAUCUGCACCAUUUUCCAUUGGAGUUACUGAAAGAUGAGGGACUGCAGUACUUGGAGAGACUCUAUAUGAAAAGGAACUCCCUGACAACCUUGCCAGAAAACCUUGCUCAGAAGCUUCCAAACCUUGUGGAACUAUACCUGCACUCAAAUAACAUAGUUGUGGUUCCGGAAGCCAUUGGGUCUCUUGUAAAACUCCAAUGUCUGGAUCUUAGUGACAAUGCCUUAGAAAUUGUUUGCCCAGAAAUUGGUCGUCUGAGAGCUUUACGUCAUCUUCGAUUAGCUAAUAACCAACUGCAAUUCCUACCUCCAGAGGUUGGCGAUUUGAAGGAGCUGCAGACACUAGACAUUUCUACCAAUCGUUUGCUUACUUUACCCGAGAGGCUUCACAUGUGCCUUUCUCUGCAGUACCUCACUGUGGACCGAAAUCGUCUAUGGUUUGUGCCGCGCCAUCUCUGCCAGCUGCCCAGCCUCAAUGAGCUCUCCAUGGCUGGAAACCGUCUUGCAUUUUUGCCACUUGAUUUAGGUCGAUCUCGAGAACUACAGUAUGUAUACGUGGAUAACAACAUUCACCUGAAAGGCUUGCCAUCUUAUCUGUACAAUAAAGUCAUCGGGUGCAGUGGCUGUGGUGCUCCCAUUCAAGUUUCCGAGGUGAAGCUGCUUUCCUUUUCAUCAGGGCAGCGAACCGUUUUCCUCCCAGCUGAGGUGAAGGCCAUAGGGACGGAGCAUGAUCACGUCCUCCCUCUGCAGGAAUUGGCCAUGAGAAGUCUGUAUCAUACCUACCACAGCUUGCUGAAAGAUUUGAACUUUCUGUCUCCAAUCUCAUUACCCAGAAGUCUCCUGGAGCUGCUGCAUUGCCCUCUGGGGCACUGUCAUCGGUGUAGUGAGCCUAUGUUUACCAUCGUCUACCCCAAGCUCUUUCCCUUGAGAGAGACGCCAAUGGCAGGGCUGCACCAGUGGAGGACAACUGUUAGUUUUGUGGCUUACUGCUGCUCCACCCAGUGUCUGCAGACUUUUGACCUGCUGAGUUGAUAAACACUCAAGAGCCUCAGGAGCGCUGCCAGCUUGACACUGGGGAAUCCAGCCAGUCCAGCACACUCUUCCAUUCUGUCCUGUCCGAUGCGGGGGCACUGCAGAACUCUCUGGAAAUGUCGUGAUUGAGCUUCAGAGCUAAAAUGCCUUCACCCUUCCCCCAAGUUGGAAUAUAUCCCCCAAAUUAAGGACCCAUUUGUCUUC